AUGGACGAAGUGAAGGAGGAAAUGGACGAGGAAAAUGCAGACAAACAGAUAGAGGAAUUAGCAGAAGUGCUGCACAUUGCCGAAGAUGACGAUAAGGAAUCCAACAAAGAACCCGAGAGUUCAUCAAAAUCUGCUGAGAAGACAGGAAAUGAGGAGGAUGCAGAUGAGGAUGCGGAUGACGAUACGGACGAGGAUGCGAAUGAGGAUGCGGAUGAGGAUGCAAAUGAUGAAGCGGACGGGGAUCACGAUAAUGAGGAUGAGGAAACAGACGACGAAGAAGAAGAGCAGACCCAGCGUCGUUAUCGUCGACGUUUGUCACUCGAUGAGCUGGUUGAAGUCGAGAAAGACCUGGAAGAAGAUAGGAAGGCUAUAAAGGAAGCGAAAGAAAAAGAAACUGAAGCUGCAAAAGAGUUGGCAGAAGGUUUGGCAUCUGACAAUGAGGAGGAGAUUGACGAGGCUAUUACUGCUAAGCUUGCUGCUGAGGAAGAAGAAAAGAAAGACGAAGCAGUGAAGGAAAUGGACGAAGAUCUUGAGGAAGAGCAGUUGGAGGAUGUUGCGGAAGAAUUAGAGAGCAUCAUUCUCCGGAAGUGCGAUGAGCUCAAGGAGCUCAAGUGCUCGCCACAGGCAAUGUGA